AUGGAGCCUGGAGAAUAUCUCACUAACGUAAUAUCCCAUAGCAAUUUAACCUCAAUUAAUUACGAGUACUUUGUGCCUUCAUUUCCAGUAUCAAGCAUUCUUAAGACAAAGCUCCAAGACUUAGAGCUUGUAUGGAGAAAAAUGGGCAAACUCGUGUAUUAUGACCAUGUCCGAGUCCAGAUAUGGGUAUUCCUCAGUUGUCCAAAUACCCAAGACUGCAAACUUCAGCAUUCUGAUUCUUCAACUUUGUCCAGUACACAAAGCUUGAGUGAUAUAGGAGAAUUUGGUCACCUACACAAGGAAUCUGGCACAUAUGAACCUGCGACCCUAGGGAUGAACGCAUCCAUAUCAAGUAUCAACUCUCCAAUCAAUAGCCUACCUUCUGCCUCUCUAGAGAGUCCUAGUAAAAACUUACAGGUCAGCAGUAGUCGGACUUCGUUGGCGAGCCUGUCAAUCCACUCGCCACGUAAGAUCUUAUCAAGGAUUCCCGAGGCCAAAGGAACUGAAGUGAACAGAGAUACUGUUUCACGAGAAGAAAUCCAUCAGUAUUUUAUAUCUGCUGUACUUGAGUCCAUGAUGUACUUUCUCUGCCGGGAUGGCGGAUUCAUCCCAUUCAACUCCAGGACGCUGAUAUCAACAAUCCGUCAGCCUAUUCCCUGUCUUGAAAACUCUAACAUGGUUGAAUUUACUACUCUGGAUAUCAGUCUAACCUCUAUGGGAACUAUGAUGUUAAAAGCCCAUUUUAAUGUUGCUCAAAGGUUACGUGGAAUAAAAAAGCUGUUAAAAGAUUCAAACGAGCCAGUUCAGUUACAACUAGGGGAUCAUCUCUGGCUUGCACCCAGUGGAAAUUCUGCAAAGUAUUAUGGCACUCUUGCUUGUGAUAAUGUGGAGACUUUUGGAUUGGUACUGGAUGGAAAAAGACAUAUUCUUGAUGCAAUCUCUAAAAAUAUCAUUAAAUUAUGGCAGGUUAGAUUUCUCGAGUGGUUAAAGUAUAGAGGCAUGGAUUCGAUAGCAAUUGAAUCGGGGGACUGGGUAUUAAUUCAAAUAUUAACGGGCCAUUCUCCCUAUGCCAACAUAGAACUCGAAAAGAUCCCAAUUCUUGUCGAAUCAGGUGCUGUGCCGUGGCCAUUAAUACUAUGCUUUCGAAAUCUCACUCAAGAUAAAUCUAUUAACUUAAAUAAGAGCUUGGACGCUGCCCAAUGUUACGAUCCUAUUAAAUUUGCCGAAGAAUGGUAUAGUUCUCAAGACAGAGUUAGUACAGUAAACCAGAGACAAAAAGAGAGACAUGCAGCAGAGGUUUCAUCAAAGGAGCGAACCAACCCCGAACUUCCAACAAGUCGAUACCAUAAAAAAUCAAUGGAAGCAGUGAGAAAAGAAUGUUCCACAGGUAAUAUUUAUCCUACUCCGCCAAAUGCACUUCUUCCUCCGAUUGUAAUCACACCCUCCCUCGAAGAAACCGAACAUACACCCGAAAACUCUAAUAGCUGCGCACCUAUGGAACCUGAUGAUGUGGAUCCAAAUAUCAACAAUGAUACUCAUUUUAGCUCAGAAACUUGGGUUUCAGCUAGCAAAAAAGACCAGGACCUAAGUGUAAAUUUCAAUGAAAAUUUUUCUGAAAAUGACAUUAUUUUCACAGAUCAUGGUGGUGAUAUGUUUGGAACGGAUAUCACUGAUGCGGAUUUUAAUUUUUUCGAUGGGCCCGAUAUAGAAAUUGAGCACACAAAUAAACAGAUCCCUAUUUCUAACUUUCAAGCAACAAUUAAAGAAAUGGAUGAGACUCAAAUCUCAGAAACAGCUGUUGCAGAAGAUCAUGAUCUAACCAUUACGGAUAAAAAUACUGCCCAAGCUGUAAUGUAUGACGAAGCGCAGGAAAAUUUUAACUCAGAUAAGUCAGACAAUCUUCAAGAAAAACCAUCAAAUCUUCUGGUAACUGCGGCAAGUAAGAUAUCGCAGUCUUCACCACCUUCUUUAGCAAGUUUACAGUGUGUCAACGCAAGAUCACCUUUUAGCAAGGAGAUAAUAUUCAACAAGCUGAAGACAGAACAAUUACCAAUAAGAUCUGAAAGUUCGAGAAGGCUCAGUGUCUUCGAUAGAAUUAAUUUUGAACCGUCAAUUUUAUCCAUAAACAAAAAGUACGGACCAUCGGGGCGAUACAAAAUUAUUCCAGAAGUACGCGCACCAUAUACUUUAGAACCAUCAAGCCUACCAAGAUUAGACGUGCUCGCCAAGAAAAAAAAUACAAAAGUUGAACACAAACAUAUAGAAGCAAAUCAAAAUCCUUGGGUCAAAUUUUAUAAAGAAAUCACAAAGGGAUCAGUAUCACAUGAAACAAAAGAUUACUCAACAGAUCUAGACCACUGUAUUAUAUCUCCGGAGGGAGAUGGACCUCUUUCAGAUACCGAGCCUGAAAACUUUUGUGGAUCAUCUAAAAAGAGAAAGUGGGAAGAAGCUGAAAGCAAUAUAGUCUCACCAUCAGAAGAUAUAAUUCGAGGAUAUGCGCAAGCAGUCUCGCCUCAAUCUAUCAACGACCCCACUAUAUUUCUUUUUGAACCAUAUCAAGUAGGAUGGCCGCCUGAAUCCCACUUCAUCCUACCAGAACCUACCACUCGCUCUGAUGAACUCACAGACAUUGAGCUUAUUGAGACGACGCAAAUACUGGCAGAUCAAGCAUUGUCGAGUAGAUUCCAACUUCCCGGAGUUCCUAAGCAUGAUUUCUUUCCAGAUUUUCAAAAUCGAAUUUCUGUAAAGAAAAAAUUACACCGUAUUACUGCUGCUGCUCAGAAAUUUUUCUGCAAUGCUACUAUUUGCACUUUACGCGACUUUCUGGAUGUUCAAGGGAUACCUAUCUCAAAUCAGGUACUUCGCCUACCCCCUCGACCAAACACAAACCAAAAAGGGUUCCCAGGAACAAAUGUACGAUCCAACGAUCUAUUUCCGAUAGACUCACCUCACCUUGAAGUUCGUCGAGCUGAUGCUGGUAUUUCAAUUCUCCCUUCUGCCAUUGGAUUCUGGGAAAUAUUUGGCCUAGGUCCAUUUUCUGGUAUUAAAAACGUAAGAGCCGUUUGUGUUCAUCCAAAUUUUGAUGGUUUAGCAGCAAGUUCCAACACUCUACUCGAUCGAAUGAGAGGAUUUUACGAAUCUGCUAGAUUUGGCUCGCACGAUAGAAUUAUUAGCCCAGAUAUCGAAAAUGGGUUGAUUCCUUUCACCAUCAAAACAUCACAACCAAACUACUCUCGUCUAUCAGCGCUUAAGGAGAUGACUGAAAAUUUGAGCAGAACUCUCUCGCGUUUAACGAUCCAAAACAUAAAUUUAGUCGUUUAUUUUGUUUACCUUCCUAAUGACGGUGAUCUGCUCGUUCAAAUUUGCGCUGCUUUUCAUCAUCUUUUUAGUAUGUAUCGAAAAUUAUUAAUUGAAAGCAAAGUUGCUCCAGUGAACGAAAUUGUUUUACAACUUAUUCCUCUUAAUUUCAUUGCAACCCCCACAUCACUCGCAGUACCCCGCCCAUCAGAAUAUUUUGGGCUAGCACUAGAGGUUUACGAUCGUUGUACCAACUUUGAGUCCUCAACAAUGCCGGCCAUUACACUGGAGCCUCCACUCCUCAAAUCUAUUGAUUUCAAAUUAACUUCUAACCCAUCCCCUUCAUUACUUCAUGAAAAUAGCUGCCUACACAUUGCAUAUGCUAAAAGCAUCGAUAAUCGUUGGAUAACAGCAGCCUGGAUAGAUAAUCUGGGAAUUCAGCAGAUGACUGCUUCUUAUUGCCUAGGUAGAAAAAAUAAAAUGAUCACAACAACUUUUGCCGAGGUAGCUAACGAAAUAUGGGAAACAACCCUUGACUUUAUUUCCGAUCAAAAGAUUCAAUGGCGACUCAUUAUAGCCAGAGUUGGAAUUAUGGAUCUAUCAGAAACUGAAUUCUGGACUGGUCUGGCUUCAGCCGAAACAAAUGCCAAAAUUAGUCUCACACUUGUUACUGUUAAGACCAACGUUUCUCUAGAAAUUAUUCCUUCUUGUAUCUCCUUACUGGCAAAUGAAGCGAUGGGUCUAAAAAAGAGCGCUCCAAUCUUUUCAAUUCAAGAAUCACAGUCUUCUUGUGUUAUCCCUGAAAACACUACUACAAUAGUUGACGCAGCCAGCGAGCCAGAUCUCAAUGCGCGACUGAUCGAUUUGACCGAUCAGACUUGGGGGGCGGUCUUAUCGCAUAGAGUCAAUAACUCUAAUUCCCUUGAGGAACUUAAUUUGGCCCUUGUAAGUGGCUAUCUUUUUAAACGUGGAGGCACCAAUCCAGAAGAUCCUCCAGUCCCCAUGGAAGUCAAUAUAAUAUUCAGCGAAGUAACUGGUAACCCACGUACAUUCCAUGAAAAUCUUCUUAAAGAAAUUCUUGGGUAUUAUCGGUGUCUAGGAACUCUAGCGAGGGUUAGGAGAGUCGUGGACGCUAAUAAGGACAUUAGACCAUGGCAUAUCGCUGCAGUCGAAAAAGCAGUUGAGGCCUUGUAUAUGUUAAUGUGA